CAGUGACAACAGAAAAUAUUUCGACAUCAAUUACUUACAGGAUAAUAGUAAUUAAAACUGACAUGGCUGAUGAUAUCGACGAUUUGUUAGAUGAAGUGGAACACAAGUUUGUGAAAGCAAAGACAAAAACUGUCAUUUCACGUAAAUCUAGUAGAAAGAAGUCUGAUGAUGAGAUGGAUGACAUCAUCAACGAUAUUUGUGGAGAUCCUCAUGCACCGGAAGAGUCCAAUGCCACCAAAAGUGCUCAGAGUAAAACCUCACAGACACGGCCUAAACUGUCCAAGUGUUUCCCUGUGUUUAUAGGCGGUGCUGCUGAUCCACAGGGCUAUGGAAACACCGUCAACAAAAGGUCAUGUAACAAGCUCAGAUGCACCUCCUGUGAUUUUCUUGUGGCGUCCUUCGACAACUUCACCUGGGACAGAACCACAGACUAUUUGUUCCUUAGAAAUAACUCUCCAGAUUUCAACAGACUCAAGUCAAAACUUGUUUCAAAAAGAGGGUGGAGAGCAUACUGCUGUCAAUGUUGUCAUCAGGCAGUGGACAGACUGACGGACACACAGACACUGUCCGUAAAGUGGGCCUGCACCAGCCAUUGACCCCCCCAUCUGCCAUACAGGGAACUUUAAACCUCAUUUUAUAGUGACACCCCCAUUCAACAUAAAAGAAUAAUAAAAAACCAGCCAUGCUUCAUAUGGACAUGACAUUGAUGACACUGCUAAGAGGGAGAAUAAAACCUGCAAUGCACUGCUUUUUUUGCCAUCAUGUGCCCUACAUCUUACGGUAGUUUCAAAUACACUGCAUUGUCUGAAACUAGACAAUUUAUCUCUCUUACAUAUACUUUGUUUAAUUCCAUUGCACAGCAUGACUUUUGAGGAUGUUGAAAUUGCAGACUCUGUAAGAGGGUAUAUCUCGGUGUCACCUAAACUUGUAGGGAAAAGUGCUCAAUACAUAUACUUAUCACAAGUUGUCAAUGCUUUACAAAGAUUGAGAAAUACAUGAUAAUUGUGUGCACUGUAGGGAUUUAAGUAUUUGUGUAGCUCUCAUCUAAAAUCAUUCUCAAUUCUGUGUAACCUGCAUAGCAUGACAGUCACAUAGGGAUCCCGUUGUCCAGCAUCAUCAUCAUUAGCAGCAUCACACGUUCAUUUCCAUUCUCUAACUUCAACUUUUCUUCCCCAAUCUUGGCCACAAUGCUUAUUGGCAUAAUAUCUUGACCAAGUUUGAUUACCUCUCCGAUCACCAUUGUCACUCUAGAGUUUUUGCUUUGAAUUGGCAAAAUGGCAGGGACUCUGAAUUGGUGACACAUUUUUUUAGCGGAAUUCUAAUUAGUAACAAAAUGGCAGGUGAAAGUUCUUGUAUAAAUCAAUGGAGGUUUAUUUCUUUCUUUAAAACUAUUUAUGCAAAUAGCCAUGGUGCACAUGAUGUUUAAUCUGUAAAGGAUGUGAUUAAUUUUGCUUUCUGUUUGUUUGUAUGAUUUAUGUUCUAAAUCAAAUAUUGGCAAUUGUUAUUAAUUAAUCUACCAACUAUUUAUUAAAGGGGCACGCAUACGUUUGAAUAAUAUAUUCAAAACUAUACUCCAGUUGUAAGUUUUGGCUUCAUCAUGUCUAAUUGCAAUAUGUAUUCCUAACUGCUUACAUUUUAAUUGCGAGAUAAAUUUCUGAAAUAAUUAGUACAUCCAUUAACAUCCUGCACUAAGGCAGUGUAUAGUGUGACACAGGACUAUCCCAUUUUUGCGCCAAGGUAACCAGUCUUAUAUUAUUGUAAAAUACAGUUAAAAUAUUAAGAUUGGUCAAAAUAUUCUCAGUCCUUUCAAGGCCAAAAGGUUCCUGUAGGUAAAUCACUUAGCAUGUAUUAAAAAAAAAACCACCAGCACUAAACAAUUUUUACUUUAUUUUACUUUAAUAAUUUAUUAUUAUCUUGAAAUUGUUAAACAUAGUAUACAACAUAUUACAAAUGAAAACAGAUUAUACAGUAAUAAGAUACUAGAACUAGUAAUUUAGCAAAAUGUUAUUGAAUACAUCAAUGUAUAUAAAUAAGUACACCAAAGUUCUAUUGCACAUAAACAGCACUUCUACCAGUGGCACAUUCUUCAUCCCCAUCUCUCUGGUGUCAUAUCUGCUGAACGUCUUGCCACUGAAAAACACUUACAAGUUGUGUAUUUGAACACAUACAAGUUGAAUUGGAUAAACAUUUAAAAAACAAUUUAUUUUGACUUUCAAUGUAUGCAUAUAUAUCAAAAAACUGUUUCAAAUAAAAACAUGUUUUUUUCCAGAAUUGAAUCACAUCCAUUUUAAUAUUUGAUUUUCUUUUUUUACUGUUAUUUAAAUUAUGUUUGUUAAUUGUACCAUAUAUAUCACUGUCAAAGUAAUCAUGACUUAUUGUAUUGUGUUCUUUGAAAUAAAUGACUCAACAAUU